AUGGAGGUGGUGACGGGUAUGACGGGAACCAAGCCCGCCCCCGAAGCUGUCGCUGUUCCUCAAGCCAUCGGCACUCGUCUGCCCGACUCUGGCCUCCACUACUACAACCCUGGUUUCCGCUUUCCCGACUCUGGAUCUCGCUAUCCCAACACUAGCCCCUCCCAUGUUACUAGUCUGGUUCCUCCCGAAUACCUGGGAGUGCGGAUGAUGCUCGAAUGCUCCCUCAUAUCGAGUUGCGUUGCCGCGCAAAACCCACAUCCAGGUGCCGGAAUAUUACCAGUCCCGACCUUGGCAGUUCCAGCUGCCAGCUUGGACUCGGUCACCAACCGUCGCCGUAUGGCGUCAAUUGCAGGCCUGUCUCAGGAGGAACAGGAGUUUCUAGAGCACCAUCGCCUAGAGGACUUGCUUAGGCCAGUCUGGCGUGCGUCCGACUCGAACAUCGUCGGUGGACAUAUGAGAGGGAGCAACCUGGAGGGUGUGCAGCCUAUUCCGACCUUGGCAGUCCCGACUGCCAGCUUGGACUCGGUCACUCCAGUCCAGUCUCCGGAGAAGUACGAGUCUGGUAACGCAGUUCGGUUCGCUCCGUCGCGGCACCCUGCCGUCUCAUGCUGGGUCAUCUAG